UUUCUCUCUUCUUGCCUCCCCCCUCCCCUUCCUUCCAACAAGAUCUAUUUAUCUUUAUCGAGUGGAUGCUUCUGCAAGCAUGGCGGUGGAUUUCAUGAUGGGUUACAGGAGCGAUAGCUUCGCAUCAGCAAACAUGGAGGAGAAUGCAGUCGAAGAAGCUGCCUCUGCUGGCCUUCAGAGCGUCGAAAAGCUCAUAAGGUUGCUCUCCCAGAGGCAACAGCAGCAACACCCUAAAGCAGACAUGGAGAUGGAGAUGGAUUGCAGGGCCGUCGCAGAUGUAGCCGUAACCAAAUUUAAGAAAGUGAUUUCCUUACUGGGUCGGACAAGAACCGGUCACGCUCGAUUCAGAAGGGGUCCUUUGGGUAGUUCUCCUCCCCCCCAACAGAACCAUGAUACCGACCACUCCUUUUCCGUUUCCUUCACUCAUAAAGAGGAGGACAUGCAGCCUUCUGGGUCUAGGGUUUACUGUCCUACUACGUCCAUCCAACGCCUUCCUCCUUUUCCUCCUCAUCACCAUCACCACCUCCACCAUCAGAAUAACAACAACAGUAGCCACAACCAUCCUCCCCUCUCUUUGCCGAAGAACGGCGUCAUCGAGAGGAAGGAAUCAGCGACCACAAUUAGUUUCACAUCCUCUCCCCCCAUUUCUGCCGCAAAUUCUUUUAUGUCGUCUAUGACGGGCGAUACCGACAGCAAGCAGCCCUCGUCGUCGUCCGCUUUUCAGAUUACCCAUCUCUCGCAAGUUUCCACGGCCGGACGUCCUCCUUUGUCCUCAUCUUCUUUGAAGAGAAAGUGCAACUCGUCUGAUGACGCGGCUGGCAAGUGCGGAGUCUCUUCUGGGCGGUGCCAUUGCUCCAAGCGAAGGAAAUCGAGGGUGAAGAGGGUGGUGAAAGUUCCCGCCAUAAGCUUGAAGAUGGCCGACAUCCCUCCUGAUGAUUUCUCAUGGAGGAAGUACGGACAAAAACCCAUUAAAGGAUCCCCGCAUCCAAGGGGGUACUACAAGUGCAGUAGCGUUAGAGGUUGUCCCGCACGUAAACACGUGGAACGAGCUUUGGAUGAUCCAACGAUGCUGAUCGUCACCUACGAAGGCGAGCACAACCACACCCGAUCUGUUACAGAGCCCUCUGGUUCCGGUCUCAUCCUCGAGUCCUCUUAAGUCAUAAUUGGAACUUGGAAGAAAAGAAAAGAGAAGAAACUAUUAAGAGAAGCUUAAAAGAAACGUCAAAAAAGUUUAAAUCGUUUGGCGAAGGAAGAGAUAGGACACAGGUGAGAAGAGAGGAAAAGAAGACAAUGAAAUGAAGCAGCACAGCUGAAGAGGAAAGCUCAGUUCCGAGGAGAAUGCUGGGUUAUUUUUUUCGUUCGCUGUACAAUAUUGGAUCCCUUUGUUUAAUUUAUUUUAUUUCUUCCUUGCAAAUCCAAAAGUGGGGAGAGAGAGAGAGAGAGAGAGUAAGAGAGAAGAUUGUGGAUUUGGUGAAAAAAAAAUGGAAGAAGAGGAGUAGGAGGGUUGUCUUCCUUGCUUUUGCUCUUUUUCUUUUUAAUCAUGGAUUAUUGUGCAAAGUUGAUCAGAUCCGAUCUGACGUUGCCACUUUUACUUUAUUUAUGUUAAUGGUUGAAUUGAAUUUUCAUUUCCACA